CUUCUGCUGGCUGUACACAGCCACCACGCCCUCGCCAUCGCCGCUAGGGAGCUCCACAUGGGGGAGAGAGAGGAAGCGCAGGGCGUAGACAGGCUCACCAUGCUGACUGAUGACAUCCUAUUGUCUAUCCUGGGGAGGGUCGACCAUGCCGCGGCAGCAAGGACCAGUGUGCUGUCGAAGCGGUGGAGGAACCUUCCUUGGUUGCUCCCUGAGCUCAACCUCCAUGUCAGGGAUUUCCUGCCUGCCCCAUGCCCGAACCCCAUUGAGGUUCAGCACAUGGGUCGAGCAAUGGCCUCUCUAACUAAAUCAACCAGUAGCUUGCUGGGUAACCGCCGCAGUGACCGCACCAUCACAAGACUUUCCCUUCAGCUCUACAUGACAGGAAAUCGCUCGCGUGACAUUGGGCUGCUAGUCAGCGACGCCAUCGACGGCGAGAUGGUAAAAGAGCUGCACUUUGCCAUUAUUGAUGAGAAGGGGGCCAACGACUGCGAAAAUGAGGAUAUGCUAAGGCAGGCUCUGAGGGUCGACAGGUUUUUUAGCGCCUAUCCGAGUGUGCUAUGUUGCCUCAUGAGGCUCCAUCUGGUCAAUGCGCGCUUUGCUGACUCGGAUUUACAUCACCUACUGUUUGACUGCGGCAGCCAACUGCAGCACCUUAGUAUCGAUAAUUGUGACACUGGAGACUGUUCGGUAUGGCGGAUAGAUGCGCCAGAUUCAAAACUCAGAAUUCUCGAAGUCUACUUUCCCUGCUGGCAAAGACUCGAGGUGCUCUGCCUUCCAAAACUAGAGAGGCUAUCUUGGGAGGGUUGGUUUUAUUUCCAUGCCCCCUUGCUCUUUGGUUCUGUCCCAGCUCUUAAGGAAUUGUACCUCUUAAAUCUGGCAACUCCUAAUCAAAGGGGCUUCAGUUUAGCGGAGGUACUGCAUGGAACGACAAAUGUAAAUACUCUGACAUUAAACUUCGUAGGGGAAAAGCUUUGGAUACAGCCAGAAGGGAAGCAACUCCGGGAUGCAUUCAGCAAGCUUAGGAAGUUGUGUAUUCAUGGCAUCUAUGUUCAAUUUGACCUGUUCUGGACAAUGAAUCUCCUUGAAGCUGCUCCAUCUGUUGAGAUAUUUGAUGUCGAGGUAUACGAACAUCCCUGUGAAGAUGUUACAGAAGGACGAAUAGAAACUUUCGGUGACAGAGUGAAACCUUCAUGGGAGAUGCCUCGGUUCACAAGCUCUGGUAAGUGGCAAUUGAAAGAACUCCUAUUUGUUGGCUUUAGGCCCAGUCUGGAGCAACAUACCUUGUUUAUUCGUGCUGUCAUGGAUCGAGCUCCAAACUUGAAGAUGGUUCUUAUCAAAGACUACAAAGAGUCAUGUGAAUGUUGUGAGGCGUUGGUUCCAAGGCCUUCUCCGGCAGGAGGCACCUUUCCAAGGGACAAGGCUGAGCAAGAAACGAUUGUCAACCAACUUAGAGACAAGGCCUGUUGGUCCUCCCCACAGAUAAUAUUUAGCAGCGGUUAUUUGAUUUGUGGCACUUACUGAAAUCUGAAUGAUUUCCUUUUUUUUGUAUGUUGAACGCGAGUUCAUUUUGUUAUU